GCCAAAUGAGCACAUGAGGGCAGUAAUGUGAUCUGACUUGAGUGACAGGCCAUGUUUUCUUUCUUUCUUUUCUUUUUUUUUUUUCUGCAGAGGUUAGGCAGAGAUAUAAGAGGCCGGGGCACCAGCUGGAGACAGAAAGAGAGACAGACAGAGAGACUGAACAUCACAGCAGAGGACCAGUGGACUUAACUCUUCCUUCAGAUCCCUUCAGUGCAAUCGAACUACUUUUUACUCAGAAAAAGGAUGGGACUGCACAGUGUUGAGGAACUGGUAAGAUCCGAUCGAGAGCUAAUAUCAGACAGGGAGAGACAGUUAUCUUAAUCUUAAAUGGCAAAUUGAACAAUGAAUUUCUGUUGUGGAUUUAAUGAGCCUAAACCAAAAAGAAAGGAUAUGUGUGAAUACUUAAAUUACUUUCAGAUUUGACUAUUAUUUAAUUAAAAUUCUUGUUAAGACAAAUAGUUCAUUCAGAGUUGGUGCUCUUGACAUCUGAUAAUGCUUACAAAUUGCUUGUAGUCUUAUCUUUAGGCAUAUUUAAUAAUAACAUCCCUGCUUACAUUUACAUGUAGCAUGACACUAUCCUACAAACCAUCUUGUGUUUAUGUCAUAUGAAAUAAAUAUUGCUUGUUAAAUUAGGGGGAAGAUUGAAACAGCCAAGGGUGCUUGGCCUACAAAUAGGACACUUCACAUCACAGCUGAUAUAGACUCGGACUGUCAUAUUAACUUGGUGUUACAAACACAUGUACUCUCUACUUAUUUACUAAACAUUUCUUAAGUUCCUUUAAUUUUUCUAAAUUUGAUGGUGUAAUUCUUCUCAAUGCCUAAAAGACAGGCUGCCAAAUAACAACUGAAAGUAAAUGUGAAAGUCUAAACUCAGACACUGCACCAUUAAUUAUCAUUGUUACCUUUGACUUUGUGUUUUAAUUGAUGUUUUAAAGUGGUUUAAAGUUUGGUAAAAUGUUUGGAUGAUUGCAGACCUUGUUCAAUAGCUAGUUUAGUUUUAUAGAUAGUUCCCUGAGGAGCUGAAUUGCAUGUUUUUUUUAUGGUGUUGGAGCAGUCCUUUUUUUAAAUCACAAUGCUAGCAUCUGCAGUGACUGAGAGAACCUGUAAAGCUCCCCCUCUGAGCUCACAUGAAGAUCUAAUUGUAAGAAUUUGUUGACAGUUUUGGCCUUUCUCUUGAAAAGCCCCCUUAAUUUGAUUAGCUUUAUUUAAUAAUCCAGAGUGACUUCUAUUUGUCCUUUCCAUUAAAGAUACAAACAGAGACAUAGUUUCGAACUUUAAAUGAAAAACACAGGGAAGGGACUGUUUUCAACAUGCAUUCUUUGUCCUUUCAGGUGUCCGGGAAGAGGUCAGAGGGCAAGGAGGCCGAUGACUUCCAAGGUGGCGCAUACGAGGCAGCUGUCAAUCAGGAGAAACAAGAUGACCGCAAGACCCGCAGCGAGGUGGUGGGCGAGGGUCUGUCAGAGGAGAGUGACAGUGGCAGCGAACAUGAGGAAGUCAGCGUGGCGGGGCUUAAUGUGAGAACAACAUUUAUCAUUGAUUUAAAGGGCACACAGUCACAACAAAGUGAUACAACUUAAAGCUCUGCUUAGUAGGAGAUUUAUCCCGCCCUUACAAAUAUCAUACCAGGGAGUUUAAAGCUUUGAUUUAGACAGAUGCACACUGACCUUGAUAUCAGGCUUUGUCUACUCAUUCUAGUGCUGAUGAUUACACAUAUAUUUUUUUUAUUGAGUAGGUCUCUACUGAAGUGAAACCACAAUCUCUUUCUUAUUAUAACUUUGUAGAUGACUUGCAGAAAUGAAGUAGAAAGAUUUCCAAACUAUACACAUAUACUGGAAAAUCUAAGGCAGUAAUUUAGAUCCAGUUGGAUGAUAAAGUCACAUACAUACUGUCUUACUGAGUCAGUGUAUGGACCAAAAGGCAAGACAUGGUCUGAACUGAAAACAGCUGAAGUAACCCAAACAUAAUUUCAACAUCCUCAUAUCAGUCAGUAGAAACAUCAGAGGCUGAUGAAGUAUUUUAGUUUUAUAUUUGGUGCAAACCCUGUUUAUUAAGAAUAUAUUCAACUAGAGUGAACCUGAUUAUUCUUUAUACCCCAAUCUAAAUGUUCUAGUUUCUGUAGCUGUCAGAAUAGUCCUCCAGAGCUGAAUGUUAUUUUUUGCAUGACAAGUAGAGGAUAGAAGGAGGGAUAAGGAGUGGACAAAUAAACCUCACAUUCAAAAGCUAUGCAUGUACUCAGGUCAAGCCUGUGUGUGCUUAUAAAAGACGUAUUCAAAAACAAUGCAUUUACAGAUCUCCCUCCUAAAAAAAAACAUUAAACGGCAAUCACAGCUCUUUUAUCUCCUCUUUCAUGACAAUGAAAAUGUUUAUUAUUUAUCCAGAGUUGAAAAAAAAAUUAACCUGCUGCCAAAAAUUAUUAAUAGAUUAGAAACAGACUCAAAGAUUUACAUUAAGUUAUCUUAAGAGAAGUAGACAUUUGUGUUUUUGAAUAAAAACUAAUCUCACUCUGCUAUGUGAAACACUAAAUCAUUUAGAAUGAACACGCGCCUUUGUAAAUGUGACUAAAAAAGUUGUUCCUGCAGAGUACCUUUGAUAGUUUUAUUUGACACCGGCAGCGUGGCAGCGUGGCUACAUGUGUUAAAAAGUUCACUGUGUAGAGUCAGUUUUUUAAGUGAUAAUUAUCAAGGCUCAUAAUUUAGCAUGAACCUUAAUUUCCGUCUCAAAAACCCUCACAGGAGCUUCAACCAGAGUUACCUGUGGAAGAAAAUUGAUGCAGUUCAUACUUUUGAGCACACAGGGGUGAUGCUUGCACACCAAAAACUUGAAGCUCUUUUCAUGGAUUUGUCUUUGUCCCCACUGCCACCUUGUGGCUGCCAGGAGAACAAACUAUCUCAAUUAACCAUCCUCAUCAAAUAUGGUUAGGUCUGCACCCAGUGGUUUACAUUUUAACGUUUGUUGUUGCAUUAGAGUUUUAUGAACAACCGAAAAGUGUAAACACCUGAACAAACUGCCAAUUUAAAACACUGUAGACUAUAUGUACUGUAUAUAUGAAGUGAAUGAACAUGUCUAUUCACUGGGAUAUUUAGUCCAUAAUCAUAGAGGUAGAAGCUGCUCAUCGUGUCAAGUUUCUUCUGUUGCUUUUACUGCUGCGUGCCAAAGCCCUCUGUCUUAUCACUGUCCUGUCGAUAGAUGGAUAGAAGCGGCCGGCUGAAGCUGGAGACAGUGGAUGACCUUUUCAACAUCCUGCAGCUGAAGAAGAGGAGGAGGGAGAGGAGGGUCCCUGCCCACAAGAAACACCUGCCCCAGCCUGAGAUUGUGGUGAGAUUUAAUUCUUAUACAUUGUUUUUUGAUAAAUGGACCUACUUUACAAUUAAGUUUUUUUCCAUGAAAAGUGAAUUAUUUCUAUUUAACACUAAUGGCGUCUCUGUAAUACUACAUAUUUAAACUUGAAAAAAACAAAACAAAAACAAAAAAACAUCAGGUUUUUGAAGCUCAGCUGCACCCCCGUGUGGUCAACCAAGGAACAUUGUCAAGAGUUUAUAUGCAAGAAAAUACCAACAUACCAUCAUACCAAUAAUUUAAUGAACAAGUGAAAUAAAAUCUCGUCAUACUCAAAUCACACUUGAUGAAAAUGGAAAACCACAAUGUUGAUGUAUUUCUGAGUCUCUACCACUUCUUGAGAAAUUUGAUUUUGGCAAAUAAAUCAAACCACAUCUGAAUUUUCCCCAUACGCAGAUACUACAGUCCCUACAGUGUUUUUAUCUUCAGUUUUUUUCUCCUUGUUUUUGCCUUCCAGCCAGAGUAUGUGGACGAGCAGCUUUUUCUGACAGCAGCCAUGGAGAACAAACUGCCUGUCGUGGAAAAGUACCUGACUGAUGGAGGAAACCCAAACGCAGCCGACCACGUGAGUCACACACAGCAAGGCCUGCCUCUGGAAAUUUUUCAAAGUCACAUUAAAGCAUGAGAAAGAGUUUUAGGACUGGAGAGGACAUGUUGAAGAAAAGUGUCUGAUUUCUACAAAAGCUUCUUUAAAAAUAGAGCUGACUUUAUGUUGUUGUUGUUAUAAAAAUGUACAUAACGUUUUGCAAUGAAUAAUAAUUUAAAAAAAGAGUUAAUGAAAUCUUUUUAUCAUGAUUUAGUUCCAGAGAACAGCUCUGCACAAAGCUUCAUUCAAAGGAAAUGUGGACAUCAUGAAAAGACUCCUGGAGGCUGGAGCUGCUAUCGAGAAAAAAGAUAAAGUGAGAGAUGAUUCUUAGCUCUCCAUAUUUCCUGUUGUAAACACACUAUGAACACGCAAACAGUCACACACAUAACACAAAGAUGACACUCGUCUGACACUUGGGUGUGUGUUUCAGCUGGAGGCCACAGCGGUGCACUGGGCCUGCAGAGGAGGCAACCUGCCCGCCCUGCAGCUCCUCCUGGACCAGGGGGCUAAGUUCACCCUCAGAGACAAGGUAGGCUGAAUACCAAAUGUGGGAGAGGGAUUACUACAGGUCAACAAUUAUUUCUGAAGCCUGAGCACAGGAAUGUGUUCGAUUGGAUGAAACUGAACUCCUUCUUCCCUCUUAGCUGCAGAGCACUCCUCUCCACGUGGCUGUGAGGACGGGACACUGCGAGUGUGCUGAACAUCUCAUUCACUGUGGAGCAGAUGUUAACGCCAAAGACAGAGUAAGCCAUUAAAAAGAAAUAAAAAAAAUCCUUCAUUGAGUAGCGUAAUAUCUACUCAAAAAAUAAUUUGUAAUCCCUGCCAAUAAAGUGUAACAGAGCUCUGCUAGAGGGCAUCUAUUAACCAUUAAUCACAAUCUAAAAAUAAAAACAUUUUCUUUGAUACAUGUCACACCCUUACAAAUGUGGAUAAUUACUCAAAGACAGAAACACUGGUUGAUCUGUCAUGCUAACAAAAAAAAAAAGAAAAAAAGGUUGUAGUUAUCUAAUUGCCCCCAAAAUGUUUUGUUUUGUUUUUUCUCUCACUGAAGGAUGGAGAUACACCCAUGCACGAUGCUGUGAGGAUUAACCGGUUCAAGAUGAUCAAGCUGCUGAUGAUGUACGGAGCCAGCCUCAACACCAAGAACUGUGUAAGUACGGCAAAACAAACCAAGAACAUGCACUAAACCUGUGUGUUUUGUGCAACAGGUCAACAGCUGACACUGGCAAGUGCACAGUUAAAGUUUAUCUACUCUUGGCAGCCACACUGCUCUAAUUCCCUGAGGGUAAAUCUCAGCGCUGAGAGAAACAAUUUACACAGACUUAAAGAGGCAAAAAAACACACACCUGCCAUGAAGCAAUCCACGAAGCAGUCAGCAGUCGCUUACAUAACAGAUUCACAAAUUAUCAAACUUACGACUGUUUUCCCGACAUAGAGCAAAACCUGCUGAUUCAUGAUUUGCCAGUACUGCGUAGACUACAAAUGAAAACCAUAGACUAUGUUGUAGAGUUGGUGCCCCCCCCCCACAGAAAGUUAUCUGCCUCUUCUAAAGGGGGUGUUGUUGCUAGAGGAAGGCUGAUAGGUUUAAGAUUGUGUGAUGGGAAGUCUGAUAGGGUUGAGAUUGUGUGAUAGUGUUUAACCCAUUAUUCGAUAACUACUGAUUUCAAAAAGCAACUGUGAGCUGCAUAUCUGAUCUCCAAGUACUUUACCAAAAUAAUUAUGAUAGCCGCUGAACAAUACAGUGUAGUAGGAAUAUAGCCAAGAUUUAGAUUUAAUCUGAACUUGGUCUAAAUUUAGACAACUAAAAAACUUUCAUGUUUAGACCUGUGUUAGCCUGAUCAUAGAGCAGUCGUCUAGGCUACAUUUAGACGUCUAUUAGACCUGUUUUAGACCAAAAAAUGCUCAGUGGGUGAUGAAUUGAUUAAAGUUACUUUGAAUGUUAUUUUCUGCCUUAGCACUUAAAAAUAACACCUUGAUAUUUUCAAACUUAAGGUCAAACUCAUUUCCCAAAGUCGCUGCCUCAAGGGCUUUAUAGUUAGAGGAGUGAAAUUAGAGCUAUACCAGUUCAUGAGACCUCUGGAAAUCUUAUCGACAGGGCGUCGUAACUGAUUCCUCCCACCACUGGAUGCCAACAGCCUUUGAGGAAAUGACGAAGUCAAAACCAAGUUAUUCAAAUCUUGCAUGCUCUGUUCAUUUUCCCCAUGCAGGAUGGAAAAACACCAAUGGAGACACUCUAUUCCUGGCAAAAUGGAGCCAAGAGCCUCCUGUGCAACGUCAGCCUGGAGAAAACAAACCAGUAAAACCAACACAUUCCAGUAAAAAAAGCAGAAAUCCACCAUGAGCUUCAGACACAUCAUCCACUGAUUAAUUUCGAAAAGCUGCACAACAACAACUUGGAUUUUCAACUUUCUUAUAGUAACUGUCACACUGUAGACUGUAAACCACACACCUCAUGUGUUACUGACGGCACUCCAUGCCCUCGUGAAAUAACUGCUCCAGAACUGAAUCCAAACUUGGCUCAUGCCUGAGCUCUUUGGUGCUGCAAGGUAUCUUAAAUGAGAGGUUGUAAGUCAUUAACUCAUCGCCUUCUUGUUCAGGGAUUUGAUCUGGCAUCCUCCUAAGCCUUCACCUCAAGUCUUUUGGCAGGGUGUCAUUUCCUCAUGUGAAACAUUAUCUAGACAGGUAUCUCCAUCUACAAUGUGAAAUGAGAUCAGUACGGUAUUCAUAAUGUGACUAUAAGCACUGAUAGGUUUAUUGAUCGCCCAAUGUUGCUGGACAGUGUCUCGGCUAAGGGCAUGAAGAUGUGUAUUUCUUUUCUUAACUUGUAAUUUAAGCUGAGUUGAAGUCAGCGAUACUACAUCUAGAGGAUGACAUAUUUAUUGAUUCAUGAAAACUGUUAAUGAUCAGUUUACUGGAUUUAAUUCAAUACUACAUAUCUAAAACUUGAGUGACUGUAGAGUUGUACUAUAUAUGAUUUAUUGCAGUUUUUUUUUAUUGUUUUAAUCUAUUUUUUUUACUCUAAACUUGAUGACUUUAAUCCACUUAAAACACCGAUACGAGAUACUGCUUCAGGUCUUCUGGAUUUACAUAACCUCUUAAAAAGAUUUCUCAAGUCUCACUGGAUCAACAGUGUGUAAGUCAAUUCCAGUCUGAAACAGGAGUUAUUUAUUUAUUUAUUCGAUGCAUUUUUCUUCAGUUGAGUGUGAAAUGUUAGAAAAUAGGGAAUCUAAUUCUCCUCUUGCUUGCUUGUAGUGUUUGUGUUGAACUGAAACAUUCAGGCGAGUAUAGUCGAGGAACUUUUUUGGGUCUUUUCAUUUCAAAAUUGAGACAGGAAGAAGUAUGUUUUUGGAUCAGGUGAAGAAGAAUCUCUCCACUUCUUGUUUUAAUCUCAAUCAUUUGCAGCUUUACACUUUCUCCUCGAUUGUUUAUUCUGAAAACAAAAGCCCAGACUAAUAUUAAACCUUAUCUGCUGCUGUGCGUUUGGUUUGGUCACACACUGACAUAUUUUUCCUAAAUCUGAUUUUUCUAAGUUUCACAGAAUGUGUACAGAAAUUUUGCUGCAGAUAAAUGUCCCCAACCUACUACAUUUUUUUUUCCAAUAUUUUACUUGAAACUAAAAAUUAGGCGCUCCUCUUGAGGCAUAUCCUAGAUAAUGUUUAUACAAAGUAUAUUUUUCUACUGAUGCUUAAUUCGAGCUUCAGGGAUCACAAAUUCUCAUCAGCUGUAACCUACUGAGAUAAAAAAGAGUGACAGCUGUUUUCUAACUGUGCCACAUUAUUAUAUGUACCUACAUAUAUACACUAAUAGAAGUGUGAGAGGGAAAGAGCUGGAUAGUCACUGUUGGUUGUGAGGAUGUUUGACAUGCUAAUGCUGAUAGAACAGGUCCUGAUUUGUGGAUGGUGAUAAGUAUUUCUUAAUGUUUAAGAAGUAUGUACAUUUUGCCUUGUAUUUAUGAACUGAUUGAAUAAAACUGAUUUUGAAUUUGA